CAGGAAGUGCGUCCCACGGUCUGUUUAUGUUUGCAGGGCCCGGGCACAGCGCACGGCUCCCUCAUAGAACAAUACACAGAGCGCCGGGAGCGCCCGCUGGCACCGUGUUAAUCUGAGCGGCCCGGACUGCGGCACUGACAGGAGGGGAGCGUGCCAACCGAGUCCCGGGGCUGGGGAGGCCUGACUGCGGCCCUCUAUAACUACGCGAGCAGGAGACAGAGGGCAGGACCAUUUGUUCCUUGACAAAGAAUUUAACCACUAAGAGUCGCCAAGAUAGCUGGCCCAGGUAGAAAACGCCGCACCCCUGACCCAGACUCUGUUACUGACCCUGGGGGCCCUUCCGUUUCCACCAAACGGCAAAAGAUGUCUCAUUCUGCCGAGGGCACUGGUCAGAGGAGAGGAAACCGUGGAACUGAAGAUGCUGUCAGUAAGAAAAAGCAGAAGGACAAGGUCAACCAGGAGAGCAAAGAGGGCAAGUUGUCUGCCUGCAGUGAGUCAAAGAAAGAAAUGGUUAUAGACUGGAAGCAAAAUUCAGAUGAAGUCAUUGUGAAGUUGAAUGCUGGGUCAGGAGUCUUAAAUGUAGACGAACUUAACGCAGAGUUUACCGAUACGGACUGUGUUAUCAGCUUUCCAGAGGGCCAUAAGUGGAGCUGCUCCUUUCAUGAAGAAAUCGAAGGGUCAUGUAGUAAAUUACAAUAUAAAGAAAAAGGGAACUUCUUGCAACUCAUUUUGCAUAAGAAGAUCCCUUUGAACAAAUGGCCAGCACUCCAGAAGAAGAAAAAAGAAAUCUUGAAAGAUGAUGGGAAGAGCACACUUCAGAAAGAUAUUGGGAAAGCAAAGUCAUCUUUAAUAGUUCCUGAUAAAACCCUGAACAAAUCAGCCGAGACUUCAGAGGUCCGUCGAAAACCAGAUCCCCGGAGUUUAAGAAGAGGUUUUGAAACGGAAAGGAAUACAGGAGUAAACAAUGGACCUGCAAAGAAAAGCUUGUCCUCCUCUGCCUUGCAAAGUGGGGCACCAGGAAAGAAAGGUGGACUUCACAAAGCCGCUCUCUCAGCCUCUGUAAGGGAGGUUAGUCCCAGAAACCAGAAAACUCCCAUCUCUGAGGAUUCCUCAAAGUGUGCCACAGGAAAAGUGCAAAACAAAAGGGAUGACCACAUACAUGCUGGAGAUGCACAUACCACACAGAAACCUGCAGUUUCUAAUCCAGAGUCUGCCAAAGGAGAUCAGCCCAGUGUUUCAACCAUGAAAAUGCACCUUCCAGAUUACCAGACAAUGCCUGAGUCAUCUACAUCAGUCAUUCAGCCGAUUUGUUCCUCUACUGCAGAUAGUCAAUCUACAACAGUCAACCUAGAUCCUGUCCUUGUAAACCCAAGUAAUGAGGUUUUCCAAACCGCAUCAGAACAAGAAUCCGAAUGUCAACUGGAUGAACCUAAAAUGGAAAUGCCAUCCAAGGCUAAUGAAGAUUUGUCCGACUCACAUGCACAAAUGCCAUCAUUAGAUCCCACCUCAGCAUCUGGUAACAGCGAGGAGAAAGUGAGUUGUGCUAAAGAGGACCUUGACUAUUCACCUGAAGAUUUAGAGCCUAUAGUAAACUUGACAUUUGUGAAGAAUGAUUUCUACGAGAAAGGGAAUGAUGUGGUGGUGGUCCAUGUGUAUGUCAAGGAAAUAUGCAAGCAAACUUCCAAAGUACUAUUUCGGGAACAGGAUUUCACACUGGUCUUUCAGACAAGCGAUCCAAGUUUCCUUCGUCUCCAUGCUGGCUGUGGUCCCGAUACGGUGUUCAGGUGGCAAGUGAAACUCAGAAACCUCAUAGAGCCAGAUCUGUGUAAAUACAAUUUCACAAGUUCUCGCAUCGACAUCUCCCUGCAGAAAAAGCAGGCCCAGAGGUGGGGUGGCUUGGAGGCACUAGCCACACAAGGUCUGCACCCUGAAUUCUACCUUUUGCACAAAGAAACAGGUGCAGUGGGUGGUGCAAAGGUUGCCAUGCCUGCUGGCCCUUCUCCUCUUGCUAAAACACAACCUGGUAGCAAUCAGCAUACUCUGUCCAGCAAAGAGGAACCCAGAACAGUGGAGAAAGAGAAGCCUCGGGUAGAGGACACUGCUCUGGAUAAUGUUUCAUCAAGGAACUCAUCAGCAACUGAACAUGUCUCCGUAAAACCAGAGCAGCUCCUGGCAUCCCCCAAGCCAACUUGUAUGGUGCCACCAAUGACGCACAGCGCGGUAUGCAGCGACAGUGCUCAGGAAGAAGAAGAAAAGAGCGUAUGUCUGCCUGGUUUUACUGGUCUGGUUAAUCUGGGUAACACCUGCUUUAUGAACAGUGUCAUACAGUCUCUUUCUAACACACGGGAACUCAGGGACUACUUCCAAGACCGCUCUUUUGAAAUGGAAAUAAACUACAACAAUCCUCUUGGAACAAGUGGGCGCCUGGCGGUUAGUUUUGCCGUCUUAUUACGGGCCCUUUGGAAAGGAACUCACCAUGCCUUCCAGCCAUCAAAGCUCAAGGCUAUUGUGGCUAGCAAAGCCAGUCAGUUCACAGGUUAUGCUCAGCACGAUGCACAGGAAUUCAUGGCUUUUCUGUUGGACGGACUCCACGAAGAUCUUAACAGAAUUCAGAACAAACCGUACACAGAAACUGUGGAUUCAGAUGGCAGACCAGAUGAGGAAGUGGCAGAUGAAGCAUGGCUUCGACAUAAGAUGAGGAACGACUCCUUUGUGGUGGAUUUGUUCCAGGGUCAAUACAAGUCCAAGCUGGUUUGUCCAGUUUGUGCGAAGGUCUCCAUUACCUUUGACCCCUUCCUGUAUCUGCCUGUUCCGUUACCCCAGAAGCAGAAGGUGUUGACUGUGUACUUCUUUGCUAAAGAACCUCACAAUAAACCCAUAAAGUUCUUGGUGAGCAUAAGUAAAGAACACUCCAGUGCGGCUGAAGUCCUUGAGUCUAUUUCUCAAAGUGUGCGAGUAAAACCUGAAAAUCUUAAACUAGCAGAGGUAGCGAAGAACCGCUUCCACCGUGUAUUUAUGCCAUCUUGCUCCUUGGAUUCUGUCGCACCUUCAGACCUGCUGUUUUGUUUUGAAUUACUUUCCUCAGAACUCGCUAAGGAGCGAGUGGUUAUGUUACAUGUUCAACAGCGCCCUCAGGUGCCAAGCAUCCCAAUUUCAAAGUGUGCUGCCUGCCAAAAGAAGCCAGUAUCUGAAGAGGAAAAGCUGAAACGGUGUACACGGUGCUACCGUGUCGGGUAUUGCAACCAAAACUGUCAGAAAUUGCACUGGACUGAUCAUAAGGUUGCCUGUCGACCAGAGAACAUAGGUUAUCCGUUCCUCAUUAGCGUCCCAGAGUCUCGUUUGACGUAUUCUCGUCUUGCACAGUUGCUGGAGGGUUAUGCAAGGUACUCUGUAAAUGUGUUCCAGCCUCCAUUCCUUCCUGGUAGAACCUCUCCAGAUCCACUUCCUCAGUCGCUAGUUUCAGAAGGUCAAGAUUCGAUUGGACAGUGUAGUUGCACUUAUUCUGGCGAGACUAGUGAUGAAGAUAGAGACUUCCAUCCUGUGCCGGACCCUCCAAAAUCACCCCCAUCUCUCACAAUUCACCCUGAGUCAGUAGAUUGUAGUUCUAUCCAUGGCAAAUCUUCUUUGGAAAGAUGCUCUAUGCAAAGCAUGGACUCUGGCUUUUCUGAACAACAUACUGAUACCCUGAAGGAGACGUGUAUUGGGGGUGAGAAAGAAACCACUUAUGAAAAAUCUAUCAAACCAGAAGCUGUUGUCCCUGGUUACCAGCAGUCGGUAGAUUCCCUGAGCUCUCAUGCCUCCUUAUUUUAUAUCAAUCUUAUCGACUCAUCCAGCAAAGAAGUGAAAUUGGAAGAUAAAGGAGAUACACUGCUGGAUUUGACCGAUGACUGCUCACUUGCCCUGGUCUGGAAAAAUAAUGAGCGUAUGAAGGAGUUUGUACUGGUUGAGUCUAAGGAAUUGGAGUGUGAGGAAGAUCCUGGAUCAGCAAGUGAAGCUGCUAGGGCUGGCCUCUUCACCCUAGACCAGUGUCUAAAUCUCUUUACAAAGCCAGAGGUCCUGGCCCCAGAGGAAGCUUGGUACUGCCCCAAAUGUAAUCAGCACAGAGAGGCUUCCAAGCAGCUUAUGCUCUGGAGACUCCCAAAUAUACUGAUUAUUCAGCUCAAACGCUUCUCCUUUCGCACGUUUAUCUGGAGAGACAAGAUCAAUGACAUGGUGGACUUCCCUGUCAGGAAUUUGGACCUGAGUACAUUCUGUAUCGGACAGAAGGAAGACCACCAGCGGCCUAUCUAUGACCUUUACGCAGUGAUUAAUCAUUAUGGGGGAAUGAUUGGAGGACACUAUACCGCUUAUGCUAGGCUCCCCAAUGAUAAGAACAGCCAGCGCAGUGACGUGGGCUGGAGGCUUUUUGAUGACAGCACAGUGACCAAUGUGGAUGAGAGUCAAGUAGUCACACGAUACGCAUAUGUGCUGUUCUACAGAAGAAGGAACUCUCCUGUGGAGAGACCCAUGCGAGGACACUCCGCUGAUCACAGAGCUGACCAAGGCGCGUCUGCAGAUGGUGUUGCCAGCCAGGGGGUCAGCCAAAUGGCUUUUGGGUCCAGCUUGAGCUCCGAAGAUGCUUCUCAGAUGCCUGCAGCAGCUGUAUCAGAACGAUUUCCUCAUUCCGCAGACCCAGCACCUUCGUAUAGUAGUAACAUGGAAGAUGUUGAUUAGCUACAACAGGAGGAAAUGAGAAGAUUUUUUUUGUUUGUUUUUUUUGGUGGGGUGGGGUUCAUAUGAAAGCUGUGUUCUGUGGGUUGUACAUAAGUGGCUAAAAAUUUUUUUUUUUUUUUUUUUUUUUUAAAUAAUUUGAUGACAUUUUAUUUUAAGGAGGGAAGGGUGUUUUUGUUUGAACACACAUAAAAAAAAAUUGUUCCAGUCAUAUCCGCUCAUACACACAAUCCUUGCAAUAGCAGAGAUAGUCCAUUACAGGUUUUUCAGGGGUUAAUACACCCAAUCACCUUGUCUUUCUUGUGGCAUUGGAGCCACUCAGUGCCCACUCUGCUAAGAAUUAAUAAAUGGUUACUUUUCCUAUUCAUGUGCUUGCAACAUGUACAUGUAUAUAGUUCACUCGUAUUAACCUGUGUCACUGCAGUAUCAUUGACAAAAACUUUACUGUGUAAAGGGUGUUUAGUCACAUCCACAGUUUGCAAACCACACCAUGGUUUGAUAAGCACUCUUCCCAGAUGCGAUAGGAGGCCCUAUGUAGAACACUGCUUGAAAUAUGAUGGAGCAGAUAUAAUCUGCAAUAAACAUAUAUAUGUCUGAAUGCCCUUUCUCCCCCCUCUCCCCAAACCUUUAAAAUGGCUACCAAUGCCAUUGUUACUAGGUCUUGUGAAUAUGUACUUAUUAUUGUUAAUAAGGGGGUGUUUUUUCCCCCAAAACUGAUGGUAUACAGUAAUGUGAAAUGCAAGCACCUUUUGCUAUCUUAGAAAUGUUAAACCUGUCAGCUGUGUGAUCGCACAAGCGAUACAAUUGAAUUGCCAUUAUGUCAGUUCGGGGGGGUGGGGGGUGGUUUUUUUUUUUUGUUUUUUUUUUUACUUGCUUAUUUGUGUUUUGUUACUUGUAAUGCAAUAGAGAAUUAAAUUUUUGGGGACACAUUGUGUUUCAGAUAUUUUGACUAAAGUAUCAUUGUAUCUAGGAAUUUGCCAGGUUUGGAAGGUAAUUGAGACUGACUGAAUUUGCCUGUACACCCACUCCACCCUAACCCAAAAUAACUAAUCUCUUAUCCUUUUGUGAAGUUCACAUUUUCUUUUUUAAUAUGGUGGCACACAAGUGUCCUUAAUUGGUUUUAACCCAUCUAUGGGUCCCUCUCCAGCUUGGAAGGUCUAAAACCAUUCUACAGACCUUUUUGUCAUCAAUGUCUAGGGGAAAAACUAAAUGCAAACGUUGAGUUUACUAGCCAAGUAUCAUUUAUUUUAUCUUUCUUAUGGUGAUUAACUAGUCAGUUUUAGGCCUUCCACAG